ACCAGAUUUUUUGAAAAUUCCUGAACACCCUAAAGAAUUAGAACUUGAUAUUUAUUACCCAGAAUAUGACUUUGCAAUCGAAGUGCAAGAACAGCAUGAAAAAUAUAUAGAAUUCUUUCAUAGAGAAGAUCUGAAUAAUUUUAUCAAACAACAAGCAUAA